CCGGUAUACUGGCGCUGUUGCAUGCAUUUCACUCCAAUCGGAAGGCGGACGUCCCUGACGAGAAUCUGACAUGCGAGCUAAAGCUCUCGUCGGCUUCUAAGGGGUAAACAUUGGAGUCGCGCUCCUUCCCUGCUAAAUGCUUUAAAACACCGUAUUUCAUACCCCCCGCAGAUCUGCGUGAUGAUCCACAGUGAGCCAUGGAAGCACGCAGUCAACAGGGAUGCCAGCUGCCCCGUAGCCAACAGGGGUCUCUACUGGGUGGGCUACGACAAUGCCUGGAGCAUCAGACAGAAGGUUCGAUAUGCGCUCGAUCGUGGUUUGGCGGGCAUAGCCAUCAAGAACAUGGAGAUGGACGACUGGAACACAGUGUGCAAACGAAGGAUGGUGCUCACGAAGACGGUGGCCCGGCAGAUGGCGCAUUGUCGAGUCACGCCACGACGCAAACAUUGACCACUGACUGCCAUCCAAGAGGAGGGAUACGAUGGGAGCGCCAAAUUAGUUAAUUCCUUGCCAAUAUUUUUUAACGCGAAACAUAACAACCACAACAUUAUUAGCGAUUCCUUUACGCGCGCUCUAUCGAAUUUUUGCAGAAACAUCGAACAGCGCGUAUAAAUAAUUUGAUAUUUAAAUUUUUGUGAUGAAAGCCUUACUGAAUAUAUUGGCGCGAAAAUAUGGCACACAUAUACCACUGGGACUAAGAUUGCUCCUUAAUUUUAGUCUGCCAUCGGAAGUGCUACCUUACUGAACACGUGUGUUUAUUAUUGAGCUGAAAUUUUCUGUGAGAUCGCGUGUAAGAUGAUUAUUUUUGCCCUGACGAAACUUUGAUUGCCUUUGUUUACAGCGAAGUGUUAUUGCAAUGUGGUGUGUAACAACUACCAUGUUCUAUUUCCAGGGCUGACUAAGAAUAUAUUCCGCACAUUUCGAGCCAGGAAUUAGCCAGUUAGGCUGUUGGUCCAACUAUGUUUAUGUUGAUUUCCGUACCUGAGUUGAUGAAAAAAGAAGUGUGGCAGCAAAAUCAGGCCAAUUGUCGUGACUGCCUUGUUGAGUUACGCACAAUACACAAUGGUCCUUGAGGUGCACUCAGGCUUACCUAGCUGUAGAAAAGGCAUACGUUGUUGUGGCCUUGUGUACUUGCGUGUGCGAAACAAUAUGGGACGUUGCUGAGCUACGCUUUCGGGUCUCCCACAGGUUAGCGCGUUAAAAAGCGCCAAAUGUGAUAAAAUACCUCUCCACACUCUUUCAAUAUAUGAUAUUUCUCUUGGCAUGCGUCAGGCAGCGUCAGUUUUGUAGCUGAUUUUCGGGAUUUAUGCCUCAAGUUUCACCCCACUCAAACUAUUCCUGCCCAGCAGACUUGACUUCACUACCACCUGUCUUUUACUUAUCAAUAUUUAUGUUUUGUAGCUUAUGGUUAAAAAUAAAUUCCCUCAAUAAUUAGCUGUUUGACUAUGGAGAUGUUUGUCGUAACAAUUCGUCGUAAGGCCGAAUUGAUGUCACAUGUCAUUAAUGUCCUUUUUUUUUACUUUUUCGAAAAAAAAAAGGGAUCAAUACGCACAGUGACAACUUACAGGAUAAUUUGGGUAGUAUUUUACCUGAGCUACAAACGAUUGUAAUAUGGUAGGACCAUUAUAAACGACUAAGGGACGUACGCAACUAUGUUGUAGAAAAAAAAAAACUCGGGUAACAUUGCGCAAGAUACAGCGUAACUGUGUCCUCUGUUUUACUCGAGACGGGGAUCAUUUCGUUAUUUAUGUUGGAUAUUAAUAUUCAGGAAAAUAAGGGGACGCUUAAUAGCCAGGCGAGUGACCAGUUCGUGAUUGCUAUUCAACCUUCAGAGACCAUUGUCCUUUACCAUGACAAUGCUUUCAGUCCAGCCUCUUUGGCCAUGUGCAAUUGUUUUACAAAAAAAAAAUCUAUGGCAACGUUCUUACACCAUUCAUACAGGCCAGAACAGACCUGGCCUGGCCUCUGAUUAUUAUUUUUUUUUUUUUUUGCAUUUCUCAUGUCCCAACUGAAGGGAUCUGAUCUUGAAACAUUCGAACACACAAAAACAUUGGUGAUGAAUGCGCUAAAUAUUUCGGAAAGUAGCUUCUUACGAAUAAUGUAUUAGUCACUGGAACUGCGGCGAUAAUUUUCGAAGACGUUACUUUGGGGGAGAUACUCAUUUUAUAAGAUUUCAUAAUGAAACCAUUUGUUAUAAAUGCAAUAUUAUUCCUAGUCGGACACACCUCGUAUCUUCAACCCAAGGGGAUCACGCCA